GAUAGGUUGUGAGGUUUGUGAGUGGUGCUGCUGCAACCGCGGAGCAAGACUGAGUUUCCGGUUCUUUGCUACUGCAACGUUAGCACAUGUUCCCUCUUAAGUCUUCGGCGAUUCGUUUUUAAUUGAAUUUCAGAACAUUUUGUUUCCCGGUCGCUCAUAGCGCCCAAGUGCCGCGUUAGGUCACAUUAAAAACCCAGUUUCAUAUUCUGUCGCUCGGCAAAACCAGAAAAGAACCGGGACAAUGGCUGAUCAGUUGACCGAAGAGCAGAUUGCUGAGUUCAAGGAGGCCUUCUCACUCUUUGACAAAGACGGUGACGGUACGAUCACCACCAAGGAGCUCGGGACAGUGAUGCGUUCUCUGGGCCAGAACCCCACUGAGGCUGAGCUGCAGGACAUGAUCAAUGAGGUGGACGCUGAUGGUAACGGUACAAUUGACUUUCCUGAGUUCCUGACCAUGAUGGCCAGGAAGAUGAAGGACACAGACAGCGAGGAGGAGAUCAGAGAAGCCUUCAGAGUCUUUGACAAGGACGGUAACGGCUACAUCAGUGCAGCUGAGCUACGGCACGUCAUGACUAACUUGGGAGAGAAGCUGACUGAUGAGGAGGUGGACGAAAUGAUCCGUGAGGCCGACAUAGACGGUGACGGUCAGGUCAACUACGAGGAGUUUGUGCAGAUGAUGACCGCCAAGUGAAGGCAACACUGAAACUUCUCUCAGCAUUGCUUGUCCUCCUAUGAUCACUGUCUUCAAGAAACAAACAAAAAAGGAACAAUAAUCGAACGAUACACUAACUUCCCUCAGAUUCACUCACAAGUAGAAUUUUUCGCAGUUUGAGCUUCAGUACAUCCAACUACUUCAAAGGUCUCUGUUUAGCAAAAUUCCAACAGAAUAAUCCCUAGAGAAGUUAAUGGACCAAGCUUUAGGAGGGUGGCAGCCCUCAAACUUCAGACCAAGUUUCUGCAGAGUCACCACAGCUACUGAUUUAGUUUAGGAGAGAGCAACACUGUAAAGGCAGCCAGAUAUAUAAAAAAAAAAACAAAACAAAAAAUCAUGCCACAGCUUCUAAUGAGAUUUUUUAUUUUCUAAAUUAUCUUUGACCGAGUCCCACCACUGAAUUGAGUAACUCCUCUUGCAUGCAUCCUGUUUGUGGCAGUCUCUUGUAUUAACAGGGAGGCUCUGACCCAUGCAGAGUACGUGGUCAGAGUGUGUACACACUGGAGGUAUAUCAACAAGUAUAUAGCUAUAUAUCUGUACAAUUUGUGUCACUAUCGAUCGUUGCAAGAGAAAAUUGCUGCAGCGUACGGUGUUGGAACGGUGCUCUGGUUCAGAUGAGUGAUGUUUUUUUUUUUUGUUCUUAACGUCUUGAAGAGAGAACGAGAGACGAAGCAAAUGCGGAAGGUUUUUGUUCUCUUCGAGGAUGUUCUAUUGUCCACAGAACAGAUCGGAGACGGUGGUUUGUUCGUAUUGUUCCAGGACAAUUAUUGUGAAAACACACGCUGAGGACUGCAGUUAAUGCUCUCGUUCUGCAAACAGAUAAUCCUGAUGAUAUGAUAUUGAUGUAAUGCUUUAUAAAUGUGUUCUCAGAUAUUAAUAUUAUAUUAUUAUUAAUGUAUUGAUGACAAACCUCAGUCAUAAAAAUAUAUCUAUAUAGUAUAUAUUAGAGUGUCGUAAAGUUUGCAUUGCCUAUCGUUGUAGUAAAAUGACCUGUGACAUGGUUCCUCUUUGGUUUUGAAAUGUGCCAUAUUACCCCCGCCCCCAGACCGCUUUUCCUUCAA